AUGGACUUUUGUACCCUGGAAGAUCCACGUAAAGAUGUGAGCCGCUUACGGUCUGCAGGCUUGUUGCGAGAAAGUUUAGAACGGAGUCAUGUCUCCACGUGAAUCGUUCUAGAUACGAUUGGCAACCAGCUACUACGUGCAGAAGUGUCUCAGGAGCUAGACAUCGCGAACAGUCUGAAGUCGGUGAUAAACCCCAUCUUGCAAGGUUUUGGCGCGUUGGAAGGGAGUUAUUGAUGUAUCGAACUGUAAAGUUGAAUAUAUUUUUCGGAAGGUUCGAUUGGCACGCAGACCAAAUGUUAGUGAGUUUGGACAGUGAGAACUUUGUUAUAUUAGUGAAGAAAGAGCCUUGACAGGUUAAUUGAGUAUGCAGUUUAUCCUCUUGUCCAGAGCGAAAGUCCUUAAGAACUUGCUUAGUGGAGUUAUAAACGUCAUACUGAAUAUUUUUGCUGUUGCUAGUUGCUUUCCAAAGAUCGUUAAUUGCUACGUUUGGGGAUGUUUUUAGGGCUUUACGGAGAACAGUUUGACAUUGAAUAAAUUUGACAGAUGGGGGACAAAUACUGAGGCCAAACUUGUUGCGGGUUAGGAAAACAGUGCUUAGCGUUCCAGAUAUAGGUAUAUCAAGCCAUUUACGGAUAUAACUGUUGACUUUUUUAUUAUUAUAAUAAUAAUAAUAAUAAUAAUAAUAAUAAUAAUAAUAAUAAUAAUAAACUCAGCAACAUGUUAAAUUUUCUAAAGGUGGAAUUUUUUAAAGCGCUGAAUAAUACUUUUUGAUAAUUACGUCAUGAUUACUUUCUUUUCUGGGAGCCUCGCUUUCAUUAAUUAAGAUGUAACGUAAUUAUCGAAGUAAUUUACGUCAGGAUUAAAGUAAUUUACGGAGGGAUUUAUGUCAGGUGGUGACCCAAGGACGCGCAGCAUCUGAAGGCAUUAUCUGAUAUAAAUCCUGACUUUCGAGGUUUUCCAACAAAGUUUUGUCUGCUUUGAACGACGAUUUUCUGAGUUUUCCUUCGUCUUUUCAGCUAAUUAAUAUUCAAUAUAUGUAUUUAAAACAUUCAUUAAUAAUUCACGAGAAAAAUACAAAAGAAGUGAAUGUUCAAUCAAUGUUUGUAAGUACAGCAAAGCCCGGUUGUUUUCCCGUACACCCUCAUUCUCGGUUAGUAAGUUAUUAUUAUUGUUUACUGCAUUUCCUGGAUAUUUUUGUAUUUAUUUAUAGGACACACUGUUGAAAAUUCGGUCAAAAGAGCAAGAGCCCAAAGCAAAACAGAAAGUUGGUACACAAGAGAAAGAAAAAAUCAACAGCGUAGAAACAUGCACAUUACGCGAUUUGGGUAAGCAUGGUUAUAUAUUCUAAUUUCGUGCGUGAAUUGUUAUGCGACCAAGUGUCUUUCAUCUCAGAAUUUCGAUUCUCCCUGUGGACUCAUGACACAUACAGAUGCGACCUUUGGACAUGCUGAAAAGCGCUCGAUUUUUUUAGAAAACUUUCGCUUUGAGUAACUGCAGUGUUUAAUUUAACGUUUUAACAAUAAAAUAUUUCAUGUAUUUACGUUCAUUUGUUCUUUAAUUUGUUGUUUCUUUUACUAUUGCUAUAUAAUAAAAUACUUAUUUACUGGGACCUCGGGAAAGCAGUAUGUUUUCGCCUCGGGAAACAUCGACGGUCGAGGGUCUACAAAACAUACUGUUUCCCUCGUUCCCAAUAAGUAAGUGUUUGUUAUAUAGUUAGUGUCAAAGUUCAAUUUUUCUGUUUGUCGAUUGGUCAAAACCGUAUCACGUGCCGGUCCACAAAACGUUAUGUUCACUGCAUGCUUUGGCGAGGAGGCAACCGGUCCACAAUGAAACAUUUAUAGACCGGUCAGCAAUAGAAUGGAUGCAACGAGCAUGCGCGUCAACCAUGAAGUCCAAAGUUCAUUUUUUAAGUUCAUUUACGGCGUUCCAUUUAUCCAGUUUUGGUGAUUAAGUUCACUCCAAUAACCGGUGAAUUAUUCAUACUAAAACACUUAUUUACUUCGUAGUAGCUUCCUCCGCAGGCAACUCUGUGGCAUCCCAAAUGGCAAAAUCCUCAUCAAAAACGAGCUUUUUACUUUCGCGAACGGCGAAUUCAUAAUAUUUAAUGUGGUUUUGGCCGAGUAGUAAUAAAAUUAAGGGGAUUGGGAGUUAACUUGAGGGAUAAAGGGGCAUUUUGGGGGAUAAAAUACGAGGAGAGGAGAAAAACGAGGGAACUCCCCUUCCUUUCUCUUCCUCCCACGCCCCCUUCCCGCCUUUCCCUUCCGCCUUUCCCCCGGCCCAAUCCCCUUAAUUUUAUUACUACUCGGCCAAAACCACAUUAAAUAUUAUGAAUUCACCGUUCGCGAAAGUAAAAAGCUCAUUUUUGAUGGGGAUUUUUCGAAAGCUUGCCAUUUGGGAUGCCACAGAGUUGCCUGUGGAGGAGGAUAGGAAAAAGCAAUGUGUUUUGUGGCCCCGAGACCACCGUUGUUGCUGGAGGUGAAGCCGACAACGGCGGUCCACAAAACACAAUGUUUCUCUCGGUCUCAGUAAAUAAGUGAUAAAUAUAUGCCCUCGUGUUUCACGCCCAAUAGGAUUAGGAUUAGAGAAGGGGCUGAGAUUCGGUCAAAAUCAAAGAGAAAUAUAUUCGUGCACGAACAUGAGGAUAUUUACCUAUUUUGGUAUUUUUAAGCAGGAUUUAUGUUUUGUGUAAGUGAUCUCAUAGCCCGCGGUUUUCAGGGAUAUAGUGACUCCAAUUCGUUCUCAUGGAAAUUAAAGCUGUAUAGUGUUUACAGUUGGCUUUGGUGGCCAUUUGGCCUACGCUGGUUGUUAUAUAAUCUAAAGUAUUUUUGCCAAGAAGUGAUCUGCUAAGCACAAUAUAUAUUUUCCCUUUUAGAUGAAAAAAUUGUGUCGAAACAUGUACAAGUGAGUAUUCAUAUAAAGUCAUUGUUUGUUAAAACGCCCUUCAUAAAAUGUCUCGCGGUAAAAUGCCUGAGCGUUUAAUACAAUUGCGGCAUGUUAUUCUUCUUCCCUCAAAGUUAUUUUCUGUUGUUUUUAUGUUAUUCUGUUGUCUUGAAAAUAAUUUGACUGUAAUUUGAUUUGAUUUAAAAUGCUUUUGUCGCUAUACAUUUUUAGAAAGUACCGACAAUAUCAUCAAGAAAUAGUCCAUCCAGUGCGUCGGAGAUAUAUACAUUACUGAACGCAAGAUCCAAAAAACGUGACCAGUUGCUAUCAGGUACCAGCUAUCUAAAGAACACAAUUGAUUCUGUUGGCAAGGAAUCUGCAGGACGAUGCAUAAAAACUAAGCAAGACAGCAUAACAUAAGAUAGCACGUAUGUAUAUACAGUGGAAGGUAGCACAUAUGUAUGGUAUGUGAUAAGGUUGCUGCCAUGCAGAGGCGCCCUUAGGAGCGAUCGACUCGAUGAAGUUGAGCUGCGUCUUUCGCAAUGCAGAUUAAUUCUUAGCUGCUUGUAAGGAUCAUCAUCAUACCUGCAUUGACAUCAAAUAUAGGCAACCGGGAUCGACUCCAACUAAUUAAUGUACGCCCCCUUAGUAAAGAAAUUAAUGAACGCCCCCUUAAUGAACGCCCCCUUUAAAUGAACGCCUCCUUAGCAAAGAAAUAUUAUACAUGGUUGUCUAAUCGAAAUAUUUUUUGUGGUUUUACAUUCAACUGUUCAUUUUGCAUUUAAUAUAUUAAUUGCACUUAACACAAGUAAUUCAAUUCGUCCAGACGUCUAAGACAUCUUCUAGUAUAAAUAUACUUCCA